UUCAAUGACAGCACCACAAAGACCUUCUGUUUCAACGUCCCAAUCCUCAAGAACCAAGCAACCAGAACCAGUGGGUUGGGUUUUGUGUCUUUCUGGCAGCUACAAAAGGCCUCUGUACGUAUGUCAAUACACUCAAAACCAAACAGGCAGGUACACAAUGGGGAUAUUUGAGGUUGUGUUCCAGUCGUCCCUCAGCUCUGUCUCACUGUUGGGGGCUCUGCUGGUGCUGCUGCUCGUCUAUUUUAUUUCUACCUGGAGCUUCAGCUCAGAAGGGAAAGGCAAUGAACCUCCAGGACCAAAACCACUUCCCCUGCUUGGAAACCUGCUGCAGCUGGACCUUGAUAGACCCUUCAAUACCUUCCUGGAGCUUUCCAAGAAAUAUGGACCAGUGUUCACCGUCUACCUUGGAUCGAACAAGGUGGUGGUUCUGGCAGGAUACAAGGCUGUGAAAGAGGCUCUUGUCAACAAGGCUGACGAGUUUGGGGAAAGAGACUCUCCACCAAUCUUUAAGGAGACGACUCAUGGAUAUGGGGUUAUCUGGUCCAACGGAGAUUUAUGGAGAGAAAUGAGGCGCUUUGCUUUGACGAACCUGAGAGAUUUUGGAAUGGGCAAGAGGGCUUGUGAGGACAAGAUCACUGAGGAAUGUGACUACCUCGUUGAAGUGUUUAAGAAAUUUAAAGGUGAAGCUUUUGAUACGACUGCGCCAAUGAACUGUGCCGUCUCCAAUGUCAUCUGCUCCAUGGUCUAUGGCAGCAGAUUUGAAUAUGAUGAUCCAGAGUUUACAUCACUGGUGGAACGGACAAACCAGAACGUCCAGAUUGCGGGCUCUGCAUCAAUGCAGCUCUACAACACCUUCCCAUGGUUGGGUAAACUGUUACUCUAUAACAAGAAAUUCAACGAAGCUCUGGACGCCAACAUCGACCAAAACGUACGGCUGUUCGGUCGACUAAAAGAGACCCUCAACCCACAGAUGUGCAGAGGGUUCGUGGACUCCUUUCUGGUCCGAAAGCAAAAUCUGGAGUCCUCCCUCAGCUCUGUCUCACUGUUGGGGGCUCUGCUGGUGCUGCUGCUCGUCUAUUUUAUUUCUACCUGGAGCUUCAGCUCAGAAGGGAAGGGCAAUGUACCUCCAGGACCCAAACCACUUCCCCUGCUUGGAAACCUGCUGCAGCUGGACCGUAACAGACCCUUCAAUACCUUCCUGGAGCUUUCCAAGAAAUAUGGACCAGUGUUCACCGUCUACCUUGGAUCCAAGAAGGUGGUGGUUGUGGCAGGAUACAAGGCCGCGAAAGAGGCUCUUGUCAACAAGGCUGACGAGUUUGGCGAAAGAGACCCUCCGCAAAUCUUUAAGGAGCUAGCGGAUGGGCAUGGGGUUUUAUGGUCCAACGGAGAUUCAUGGAGGGAAAUGAGGCGCUUUGCAUUGACAAACCUGAGAGAUUUUGGAAUGGGCAAGAGGGCUUGUGAGGACAAGAUCACUGAGGAAUGUGACUACCUCGUUGAAGUGUUUAAGACAUUUAAAGGUGAGGCUUUUGAUACGACUGUACCAGUGAACUGUGCCGUCUCUAAUAUCAUCUGCUCCAUGGUCUAUGGGAGCAGAUUUGAAUAUGAUGAUCCAGAGUUUACAUCACUGGUGGAACGAACAAACCAGAACGUCCAGAUUGCAGGUUCCCCAUCAAUGCAGCUGUACAACAUGUUCCCGUGGUUAGGUAAACUGUUUAUUAGCAAGAAAUUCAACCAAUCUGUUGAUGCCAACUCGAAGCAGAACUUAGAGCUGUUCAGUCGGCUGAAAGAGACCCUCAACCCACAGAUGUGCAGAGGGUUCGUGGACGCUUUUCUGGUCCGAAAGCAAAAUCUGGAGGAAUCUGGAGUCACCAACAGUCACUUCCACGAGAAGAACCUCCUGAGUACCGUCAUGAAUCUCUUCGCCGCUGGCACUGACACAACAGCAACAACACUGAGGUGGGGUUUCCUGCUGAUGGCCAAGUACCCAAAGAUACAAGAUCAGGUCCAGGAGGAGCUGAGCAGGGCGAUAGGAACUCGUCCGGUGCAGGUUGAAGACAGAAAGAACCUGCCUUUUGUCGAUGCCGUCAUCCAUGAGGUACAGAGACUGGCCAGCAUCGUCCCCAUGGCACUGCCUCACAGGACGAGCCAAGACGUCACCCUGGAAGGUUUCUUCAUUGAGAAGGGAACCACAGUGUUUCCUCUGUUGACGUCUGUCCUGUACGAUGAGGAUGAAUGGGAGAAACCUCGCUCCUUUCAUCCAGCACACUUCCUGGACAAAGAUGGGAAGUUUGUCAAGCGAGAUGCCUUCAUGCCUUUUUCUGCAGGUCGUAGGGUUUGUCUCGGAGAGAGUCUAGCCAGGAUGGAGCUCUUCCUCUUCUUCUCCACCUUCCUGCAGCGCUUCCGUUUCUCUCCUGCUCCUGGUGUCUCCGAGGACGAUCUGGAUCUGACUCCACGCGUGGGAUUAACCCUCAACCCGUCACCACAUAAACUGUGUGCUGUCCCCCUUUGAAAAACCUGCUUCACUAACUGAAGACAGUAGAAAUUUUUCAGAUAUGUAACGUACCUUUACUUUAAAAGGUUUCUGCAAAAUAAAAUGGAAUUGCUACAUCAAA